AUGAUGGCGGAUGCAGGAGACGACUUAUUCUUGUUCGGCGAUGAUUUUGAGGCAAUUUUAGACCUUCUUGACGAAGAUGAGGCACUACAGGAACAAUUUUCAACUGUUGCUAGUGAAGUAAGUGCCAAUUACAUAAACAUUCACCCGUACUUAGUCUGUUUCCAAAGGAAUUACGGAGUUGUACGCGACUGUGCUGUCACGCCAGCCAAAAAACAGUAAAUAAAACAUUGAUCCGACGGUUUCGAUGAUUCUUUUCCCUCUAUACUCUAGCAAUUUUAUAAAAAAUGCGUUCACUUUCUUUAGCAGAAGUGCUCUGGAUGCUUUAGGUGCUGAAUUUGCCCGAUUAUACUUUGUUUUGAGAAGACUUCACGGGGCAUGCAACGACAACAACAAACUCGAUAUUGGCAAAUGUGUCUUUAGGAAAUAAGACCAGUGACAGUAGAUCGUUGAAAGUCGAGGCCUGAAGACUACAAUAUUAUUGAAUUAUGAUUUUAUACUUUUUCGUUUUCAGGUCGAAUCAACAGAGAUCGUGUGCAGCGACUGUGGAAAAAAGUACAAAUCAAGAGGAGGCUACCAAAGGCACAGAGCUACAAAGCACAAUGCAGAUCAAAACGCACAUCAUUUAACUUUGACGCCCAACUACUAUAACUAG